AUGGCCUGGCUGGUUGGGGGACGUUACGCCGAUUGGAUCAUCGGCAUUGCCUCGCAGACCAUCGUGGGCUGGUCGACCAAGUGCCCCGCGUGCCCGCCGCCGCCGGCGUGCCCGGCCUGCCCGCAGGGCGCCCCCGUGCACGUGUACCCGCCCGCGGCGUGCCCAGCCGCGGCCGCCGGCCCCGAGCCGGCCGCCUCGCCCGCCUCGGCCAGCGCCGAGCCUCGGGGCGACGGCUGGAGCUCAGGCUGGCUCGCCCGCGUGCUCCUGGUGGUGAAGUUGCUGGCGUUCGCGGGUCAUUUGGUGAGGUUCUUUACCGCGAUCGUCUUGCAGCUCCGCCCUCAGCGCGCUCCAGCCGCCCUGAAGGAUGUCGCAGGAGCCAGCUCCGUUGGGGCUCCGACAGUGGGCCUGGGCCAGGGUACUGUGCGCAGUCCGAUUGACGCGAGAUGGCCCUCACACCGCGUGUUGAUCUCGACGCCCGAUGGUGACGUCUAUGCGGAGCUGUACGAUCUGACGGACGGGAGCCUGGCUGCCGUGCGGUUCGAGGACGACCGCCGCACUAGGCCACCUGGUCUUGGCGCGGGUGGGCUCUACCGCUUCCGUCGGGCGUUAACGGUGGCUGAGGAAACGGCGAUCCAGGCGGAGUUGGAAGGCUACGCUCAGGACGUCUACCUCGCUACUGAGCGUGCUGCAGGUCGCCCCGCUUUGGUGCCGCCGGUUGGCGCGAUGGUCUACUUCACCUUCGGAGGCGCCCCCGCUGUCGGAGGCGCCGCCGCGCCUGGUGGAGGACCGGCUUGCCCGCCCGCCGCGGGUGCCCCUGUCGCCGCAGCUCAGGUGGCAGUGCCCGCUCCCGGGCCGCCUGGGGCAGCGGCUCCCGCACCCGUGACGCUUCUUGGGCCCGCUGGACCUGUGGUCAGCUUGGCCGCUGACGCUCCUGGAGGGGCGGCGCCGCUGGCCGCUGGUGCAGUCCCUGGGCCUGAUGGGCAGUGGGUGUACAUCGAGAUGACCACUGCCGCCGCUCGCGGCGACGCGGCCGUCCUGGACGGCUCGGAGGUGGCGCGCGGGGACAUUGGCCUGAAGCAGGCGGCCGACGGCAGUUGGACUGCGAUACGGAGGAUCACCUCUUCGCAGGUGGCGUUCCGGGGGGGGCGAG